AAUGGCGGGGAACAUUACAUUAGAGAACAUACAGGAAUGCCGAUUGGCCUGUGGUUUUACAGGACAUGCUCCACGACAACUUUGUAUAGAGUUGGUAAAUGGAUUAAAGUCAGCAAAUUAUUUGUCAACUAGAAAUAGAAUAGCCAUCUUUUUGGCUCAGGUUUUUCACGAAUCAGGUGGAUUGGAGAACUGUGAGGAGAUGAACUGUAAUCCUGUGGCACAUGAAUCUUAUAUGUAUGAUGGUAAAUGUUUUCAUGGUAGGGGGAUACUCCAAAUUAGCCACCAUUACAAUUAUAGAGCAGCAGGACAUGGUCAAGGACUAGGAGAUUCUUUUUUCGACAAUCCAAGCUUGGUUCUUUCAGCUAAAAAUAGCGUGAGUUGUGCGUUGUGGUUCUGGAGAACGAAUAUCAUAAAAGACCCGGAUUGGUGUAGUCCUGUGCUAUAA